CGAAGUUGGAGACAAGCAUCCCGUUUUAUCUCUGGAGCUGCGACGUGGCGAUCUUCGGAACUCAUACACGGAUUUGUUGGCGGAGACUCAACUUCACUUCGGAGAUAUUUUCCGGUUAAACCGCCGCCGGCCGGCGAGAAUUAUGGCUCUUCAGUAGGUGAAGUAUGAAGUAAUAGGAAGGAAAAGAGAAGGAGACAUGGAAGGAUUGGUGGUUCGCUCGCCUUUCGUUUCAACGGGGAAGAAGCUUCCCUUCUCGCCUUUGCUCGAUUCUUUGCCCAGUUGUUCUGCUUCUGGCAGUGUAUUUUCUAAGACCGUAUCGACAUCGCUGAAACGUACAAGAGUGACGAGCUUGAGCAGGACGUAUGGUAAAAUCAGAGCACAUUCGUCGAAUGUAAGUAUCGGAUCCGAUGGAUACAAGCACGAGGAGGAAAAAGAGGGCCAUCAUGUUAUUUCCGGUAGUGCACCUGAUAUCAGUUCAUCUAAAACUGAGAAGUCUCCUAGCGGGUUGCCUUAUCCUCUUUCUAUUGCACUAGUACUAAUUGGAUGCGGAUUAGUAUUCUCGUUGAUUGCCUUUGUGAAGGGAGGACCUUCAUCUAUCUUGGCUGCAGUUGCCAAGUCAGGGUUCACUGCUGCCUUCUCAUUAAUAUUUGUCUCUGAAAUUGGGGACAAGACGUUUUUCAUUGCUGCACUUUUGGCCAUGCAAUAUGAGAAAGGACUGGUUCUGUUAGGAUCUAUGGGAGCUCUUUCACUUAUGACGGCCCUCUCAGUUAUAAUUGGACGGAUAUUUCACUCAGUACCCGCUCAGUUCCAGACAACUUUACCAAUUGGAGAAUAUGCAGCAGUAACUCUUCUAUUGUUCUUUGGUCUCAAGGCCAUAAAAGAUGCAUGGGAUCUUCCCUCGAGCGUUCCUAAACAAGGUGAUGAGAGUGGCCCAGAACUUGAUGAAUAUGUCGAAGCAGAGGAGCUUGUUAAAGAAAAGGUUUCAAAACGGCUCUCCAAUCCUCUUGAAAUCAUCUGGAAGUCGUUCAGCCUUAUAUUUUUCGCUGAAUGGGGUGAUCGCUCAAUGCUUGCAACCAUUGCUCUUGGAGCUGCGCAGUCUCCAUGGGGUGUGGCGACGGGAGCUAUCACUGGACACCUAAUUGCAACUACCAUUGCCAUUCUAGGAGGAGCAUUACUCGCCAACUACAUUUCUGAAAAACUGGUUGGCUACUUAGGAGGUGUACUCUUCUUAAUUUUUGCUAUAGCAACUUUUUUUGGAGUUUUCUGAUGGUCUUCAGAUCGCCGAACAUCGAUUUCUUCCCCAACCUAUAGUGAAACUGAUGCAUUCGAAGAGGAUGAAAGUUGCUUAACGUAGGUUACUGGACCUUUCUUUGGGAAGUUUAAGUAUAUCAUAUAAUCUUAUUCAUUGCUCACUAGCUUUACAAUUAUGAUUUGGUGUGAUUGUCAUAAUAAACAUUUGUUUUCAAAAUGGUUCUUUGUGAAGUUCAUAUUUUUGCCAAUAAAAUACAUUGUAUGCUGUGUU